CCCGCCACUGACGCUGCCACCAGCAGCCGCGAGAGCUGAUACCGGUACCGUCCCUUCUGCGCGGCUGCCAGCUCUGGAACUGCCUUCUUCCUUCUCCUCCUCAGCUUCAGCCUCGGCUGCCCCCUCAGCCCUCGGCGCCGCCGCUGGCGCAGCCGACCUACUCGCAGGCCGCCGCGGGCCGCGGAGCCCAUGAAGGCGCGGGCCCCGCCGCCGCCUUCGCGGCGUCGCGGUCGUCCCGGAGCUCCCCGAGCCGGCGCGGGCAUGGCCACAGCAUGAGCGUGAAGCUGCCACGGGAGCCGGAGGAGAAGGUGGCGUUGGAGUCCGAGGUGGGAGCCAUGCCGGAGAAGCGCGCGGGCGCGCAGGCCCUGGGCAGCAGUUGGCUACAAGGCUUUGGCCGACCAAGUGUAUAUCAUGCUGCUAUUGUCAUCUUCCUUGAAUUCUUUGCAUGGGGCCUGUUGACCACUCCAAUGUUGACUGUUCUACAUGAAACAUUUCCUCAACAUACAUUCCUUAUGAAUGGUCUCAUUCAAGGUGUGAAGGGCCUGCUCUCUUUUCUGAGUGCCCCACUCAUAGGUGCUCUGUCUGACGUGUGGGGGAGGAAGCCCUUUCUCCUUGUCACCGUCUUCUUUACCUGCUUCCCAAUCCCACUGAUGAGGAUCAGCCCAUGGUGGUAUUUUGCAAUGAUUUCUGUGUCUGGAGUCUUCUCAGUCACGUUCUCUGUGAUAUUUGCCUAUGUAGCUGAUGUCACUCAAGAGCACGAGCGAAGUACUGCUUAUGGAUGGGUCUCAGCCACCUUUGCAGCUAGUCUGGUCAGUAGCCCAGCCAUUGGAGCAUACCUUUCUGCAAGUUACGGAGACAGCCUGGUUGUGUUAGUGGCCACAGUGGUGGCUCUUCUAGACAUCUGCUUCAUCUUAGUGGCUGUUCCAGAAUCUCUGCCUGAGAAAAUGAGACCGGCUUCCUGGGGAGCUCAGAUUUCUUGGAAACAAGCAGAUCCUUUUGCGUCACUGAAAAAAGUUGGAAAAGAUUCUACCGUUUUAUUAAUCUGCAUCACUGUAUUUCUUUCAUACCUUCCUGAAGCUGGACAGUAUUCAAGUUUUUUUCUCUAUCUCAGGCAGGUUAUAGGUUUUGGCUCAGUUAAAAUUGCAGCAUUCAUAGCUAUGGUAGGAAUUCUGUCUAUUGUGGCUCAAACGGUCUUUCUUAGCAUCUUGAUGAGAUCAUUAGGUAAUAAGAAUACUGUCCUCCUUGGCUUGGGCUUUCAGAUGCUCCAGUUAGCCUGGUACGGUUUUGGAUCUCAGGCCUGGAUGAUGUGGGCAGCGGGGACUGUGGCCGCCAUGUCCAGUAUCACAUUUCCAGCAGUCAGUGCUCUUGUGUCUCGGAAUGCAGAGUCAGAUCAGCAAGGAGUUGCACAGGGGAUCAUAACUGGAAUAAGAGGACUAUGCAAUGGCCUGGGGCCAGCACUUUAUGGCUUCAUAUUCUACAUGUUCCACGUGGAACUGACUGAAUUGGGCCCAAAAUUGAAUGCUAACAAUGCUCCCCUACAGGGAGCUGUCAUCCCAGGCCCACCAUUUUUAUUUGGAGCAUGUAUAGUUCUUAUGUCUUUUCUGGUUGCCUUAUUCAUCCCUGAAUACAGUAAAGCCAGUGGAGUUCAAAAACAUAGCAACAGUGGCAGUGGCAGCCUGACCAACACCCCAGAACGGGGCAGUGAUGAGGACAUUGAGCCAUUGCUUCAGGACAGCAGCAUCUGGGAGCUCUCUUCCUUCGAGGAGCCUGGGAAUCAGUGCACUGAGCUGUAAACUGAGCAGAAAGGGGGAUUCUGCAGAUGCCAUCUCUGACAACCCUGGAGGGAGCCACACCACAUGGAGACAUCCUGGUGCUGGAGGGGAGAAGCUAGCAGCAUCCUUCAGGGCCAAGUUUGAUAAAUGUUCCCCUCCAUCCUUCCAUCCUUGCUCUUCCUCCUCCAUUUUGUUUUUGUUUUUGUUUGUUUGUUUUCUUCUAUUCUUUUUCUUUGUGUGAACAGGUAAGAUUUGAAAUACUUCCUUGAAAAUAAUGUGAAACUUAUGUAAAAACAAUGGCUUUCCUGUAAUAACUCCAGAGUGAGAGUGACAGCAGUCUUUCCAUGCCCUUCUCAGCAGAAGGUGCAGGAUUGUACUAGGACUGCUGUCUCUGGCAAGAUUGCAGGUAAAGAAUUCCUUAUUUUUUUCCUUCCUGUUUCUCUGAAUUUAUUUUUUCUCAGCCCUUUGAUGUUGAUGAGUGGUCACUCUUGAGUCACUCAGUAUCAGGGAUCUAUUUGUCUUUGUUCAAAGGUCAAAUGAAAAUCUAGUUUUACUCUCCUUUUCUCUACUUCUAAUUCUUGGCUAAAAUGAGAUUCAACAUACAUACAUCUUUCUGGACAUUAAUAAUGCUGAUCAGUGAUCACCUUUAUUACAUAAAGGACAUUUUUCUUAUGAAUUUAAAUUGUAUGGAAAUCACACCUCAGAUUCCUGGACCGAGUGUCCUCGUCAGAUCCAAGAUGAUUUUAUAGAAGAAGAAAACACAUUAAGCAUUCUGGUAGCAACAUAGAAAUUGGAGGGUAUUUCUAAGAAAGUUUUUUAACAAUUUAAAAAUUCCCAAAUAAGGGUGAGAGUUAGUACCUAAAUACCAGUGGAGUUUAUAUCCAAGUUCUGCCUCAUAAUGCAUUAUUACUGUUUGCUCUUUCCCAUGUCUCCUAUGUCCUGCUUCUCAUCCAUCACACUCCUGCCUUAACUGCUCUGUAGUAUGCAUUUGUUUUUAAUUUUUAUUUCAGGCUGUUUAUUUGACUUCUGAAUCUCAUGGAAAUAUGCACAUGAAAUUCCUUUCUAAAAUAUUAUGGUUUAGUGAAGCUCGGUUUCACAAAAAGUGUCUUGCUAAUUUUCUGAGGUGUUUUAUGGACAAAGAAAACUUUACAGAUUUAUAUGUAUUUUGCUGCAUCAGUAAAUGGACCAUUAACUAAGGCCUACCUUUAACAGAGCACUCCUUUGAAAGUUUUAUAGGUAUGACAUAUAUGUAGAUAUUUGUAAGGGGUUUUAAUUUUUUUUUGAUGGGGUGCUGUGUAAAUCUUGUAUUUAUAAAUGUAAUGAAGGUGUUGACAGAAAAAAAUAUAUACAACUUUUAUAAAGGAUUGUGUACUGACUGAAUACAUUUAAAAGAAAAUAUAUUUUGAAAUCUGUUCUGCUAUGAACAGAGAUAACAUAUCUUUUUACUAUGCUGUUGGUUUUUAGGUUAAGCUUCCUAAUGCAUAAUAAAUUUGCAAUGGAUACUUUUA